AUGGCUACCAACGCUGCUUUCAAGAUUCCUACUGUCAGCAAUGAGCCAAUGCGACCAUUCGAGAAAGGUUCAGCCGACCGAGAGAAGAUUACCUCCGCCCUCAAAGCCUUCAAAACACGAAUGCCUCUCGAGAUACCUAUUGUUGUGGAAGGUAAAGAGACGAAGACAAGCGACAUAUCUGCUCAACCUAUACCUAGCAAUCAUGCAGAGCACAUCGCACACUGGUCAAAUGCCUCGGCCGGCGACGUCGAGACGGCGAUUGAGUCUGCACUCAAGGCUAAGAGCUCAUGGGAGCAUACACCUUUCGCUGAUCGUGCGGCUGUCUUUCUGAAGGCCGCAGAUCUGGUAGCUGGGAAGUACAGAUACGACGUCCUUGCGGCGACCAUGCUCGGGCAAGGAAAGAAUGUCUGGCAAGCAGAAAUAGAUGCGGCAGCUGAGUUAUGCGAUUUCCUGCGAUUUGGCGUGCAGUAUGCGCAGGACGUGUAUAGCCACCAACCAGUACACAAUCCUGCUGGGACCUGGAACAGAGUGGACUACAGGCCGCUCGAGGGUUUCGUAUAUGCUAUCUCACCAUUCAACUUCACGGCCAUUGGCGGAAACCUGCCUGCAGCUCCCGCCAUCAUGGGUAAUGUUGUGUUAUGGAAGCCUUCGGCCUCUGCCAUGGCUAGCAACUGGCUGGUCUACCAGAUCUUGAUCGAAGCGGGACUACCAAAAGAUGUCAUUCAAUUCAUUCCGGGUGAGCCUGUAGAAAUCACCAAGACUGUCCUUGGGCACAGGCAAUUCGCAGCUCUCCACUACACAGGCUCGACGAGCGUGUUCAGAAGCUUGUAUGGACAAAUCGCACAAGGUGUCGCAGCAGGUAAGUAUGCAGGCUACCCACGCAUAGUCGGCGAGACGGGCGGCAAGAACUAUCACCUCGUGCACAAGUCAGCGGAUGUCGAGAACGUCGUGAUCGGCACAGUACGUGGUGCCUUCGAAUACCAAGGCCAGAAGUGCUCCGCCACCUCCCGCGGCUACUUUUCACAGUCCCUUUGGGACCAGAUUAAGCCACGCCUUAUCGAAGAGACCAAAAAGCUCAAAGUCGGCCCACCCGAAGAAUUCGAAGCCUUCGUCGGUCCUGUCAUCCAUCAAGCCUCGUUCGACAAGCUCUCCAAAGUCAUCGACGAAUCAAAUCAAGAUCCUGAUCUCGAGCUCCUCGUUGGCGGUACCUACGAUGGCUCAAAAGGCUACUACAUCAAACCUACCAUCUACCUCACCCGCAAUCCUCGCCACAAGCUCAUGAGCCAAGAGCUCUUCGGCCCAGUAAUGUGUAUCUACGUCUACGACGACGUCUCCUCCCCAUCCACCUCCUGGCUCGAAGCCUGCAAACUCAUCGACGAGACAUCCGAGUACGCGCUCACCGGCGCCAUCUUCGCUCAAGACCGCACGGCUGUAAGAGAAGCAGAGAAGGCGCUCAGUAACACGGCUGGGAACUUCUACAUCAACUGCAAGAGCACGGGAUCUGUGGUGGCGCAACAGCCUUUUGGUGGUGCGAGGGCCUCGGGCACGAAUGACAAGGCGGGGAGUGCGAAUUUGAUGUCGAGGUUCGUGAGUAUGAGAAGCAUUAAGGAGAGUUUUGUUGAGGAGACGAGGGUGUUGUAUCCUAGUAAUGCGAUUUAG